AUGCCUCAGCGUCAGAACAAGAAGCGGAAAUCAAAAUCCUCUGCAGUCCCCCCACAGCCUGCUCAGGAGAAACGGAAGGAGAAAGCUCCUGGCCCCCUCGACCCUGAGUUUUGCCACUCGUCUGAGUCUGAGCCAGAGGACUACGGCGAUCUUCAUGGCCAGGAAGAAUGGGAGAUUGAUGGUGUGGUUGAUUCACACUGGGGAGAAAACGGGCGGAUGAGCUACAAGAUCCGCUGGAACAAGGACGAUUGGCAACGGGCAGAUGGUACUAGUGAAGAGUGGAUACCUGAACCCAGAGACACCCGCUCAACGCACGCAAAUCUAGUCAAGAAGUACAGAGCUAGAGAGUUUAGCAAACUCGGUCCCUUGGAAACCCGGCCCUUUAGUAUAUCCUCCAAGGACGAUACCUACUAUUCUCAUUUGUACUUCGGGGCUCCUGGAUGUUCGAAAAACCUUUGGAAUCAGACCAACUAUCUCGGGAUAUUUGGUAUGGGAGACGCUCCAGUAUCCCGCUUUUACAUGACAGAUCCGGAUUUCAUUCCCGAGGACAAUGAUUUGGAUUCGGAUUCUGACCAAGUUCUGACCGUCGCCACCUAG